AUGACGAGAAGGCUUCUGCCCGGCGCUUUUCUGCUGCUUCUGGCCGCCGCACACUGUUCGGCUACUUUGGUAAACGACGAAGUCAAGAGGACGGUGGACCUGAGCACUCAUUUGGCUAAGAUCACCGCUGACAUUACACUGUCCAACCAUGCUCGCUACGACGUCCAAAGCUUCAUCUUAACUGUGGAUCCCGAGCUUUACCCACACAUGGCAUACAUUGGAGCCUCGGUGCCAGGUGAUGAAGAGGAUGAUGGCCAACUUGACAUUUCGGAAACCAAAAUUACCGGCUUAAGCGGAGUCUUCUUCAAAGUAACUCUACCGUACACCUUGGUUGUUGGCAGAAAGAUUAAAGUAAAGGUGGAAAUGACUUUCAGUCACGUCCUCCAGCCCUUCCCCUCAGACAUCACUCAGGCUGAGCGGCAACUGGUAGUUUUUCAAGGCAACCACUAUUUCUACUCUCCAUACCCCACCCAAAUUCAGACAACACGUGUUCGCCUGGCAUCCAAAACGGUGGAGAGCUACACCAAGCUGGGCAAUCCCACCAAGACGGACGAGAUCAUUGAAUACGGCCCAUACCAUGAUAUGCCCCAGUUUAGCCAGGAUACAAUGAGGAUUCACUUUGAGAACAACACACCCUUUCUCGCCAUCAGUAGCAUUACUCGCACCAUCGAGGUGUCUCAUUGGGGCAAUAUUGCAGUGGAGGAGACCAUUGAUGUGAGGCACACUGGAGCUGUCCUGAAGGGCCCAUUUUCACGCUACGAUUACCAGCGUCAGUCAGACAGUGGCAUCUCAUCUGUUAAGUCCUUUAAGACUAUACUUCCAGCUUCUGCGCAAGAUGUCUACUACAGGGAUGAGAUUGGGAACAUCUCAACAUCCCACCUGCAGGUGCUGGAUGACUCUGUGGAGGUGGAGAUUAGGCCUCGCUUCCCUUUGUUUGGAGGCUGGAAGACCCAUUACAUUAUUGGGUACAACCUGCCCAGCUAUGAGUAUCUCUACACGCUGGGAGACGAGUAUGCACUGAAGAUGAGACUGAUUGACCACAUUUAUGACGACCAAGUCAUUGACUCAAUGACUGUGAAAAUCAUUCUGCCAGAGGGAGCCAAAAACAUCCAAAUGGAGACACCGUAUAAAAUCAAUCGCAUGCCAAAUGAAUUGCACUACACGUAUCUUGAUACCUUUGGCAGACCUGUGCUGGUCGCUACCAAGGACAACCUGGUGGAACAGCAUAUUCAGGAUGUUGUGGUUCGCUACAACUUCAAUAAGAUUCUAAUGCUGCAAGAGCCUCUAUUGGUUGUUGCGGCCUUCUACAUCCUCCUCUUCACUGUCAUCAUCUAUGUUCGCAUGGACUUCGCCAUAACAAAGGACCCAGCGGCUGAGGUGCGCAUGAAGGUGGCUUCCAUCACUGAGCAGGUUCUGACCCUGGUCAACAAGCGCCUGGGCCUGUACCGACACAUGGACGAGGUGGUGAACCGCUACAAGCAAUCUCGUGAUACGGGCGCACUCAACGGUGGCCGUAAGACCCUCGAGGCGGACCACCGUGCGCUCACCAACGAGAUCAGCUCACUGCAGGCUCGUCUCAGGACCGAAGGCUCGGAUUUGGCUGAAAAGGUCGGAGAGGUGCAGAAGCUGGACGGCCAGGUAAAAGAGCUAGUGAGCCGUGCGAGCCAGGAGGCAGAGCGACUGGUUGCCGGCAAAGUGAAGAAAGAGGCUUAUAUCGAGAAUGACAAGUCUCUGGCCAGCAAGAGACAGGAGUUAAUUGGCCGUAUCGACAGUCUACUGGAUGCUCUGUAA